UAAAGCGGGGCGGGGGGAGGGGAGGGGGCGCGGCCGCGCGCGAGGGGGCGUGUGAGGGGGAGCGGCGGGUAACGGCCGACAGCGGGCAACGGCCGCCACCACCGCCCUGCGACAGCCGCGUCCCGCAGCGCCGCCGUCCCGCCCGCUGCAUGGAGCUGUCGGCCAUCGGGGAGCAGGUGUUUGCGGUGGAGAGCAUCCGCAAGAAGCGCGUGCGGAAGGGUAAAGUAGAAUACCUGGUGAAAUGGAAAGGAUGGCCCCCCAAAUACAGCACAUGGGAGCCAGAGGAUCAUAUCUUGGACCCUCGCCUGGUAGUGGCUUAUGAAGAAAAGGAAGAGAGAGACCGUGCAUCAGGGUACAGGAAAAGAGGCCCCAAACCAAAGCGUCUCCUACUGCAGCGGCUGUAUGGCAUGGACUUGAGGAGUGCCCACAAGGGAAAGGAGAAGCUCUGCUUCUCUCUUGCACGGAGGUUUGGAGGAGGAGACAGCAGCCUGCCAGGGGCCAAGCCAGGGCAGGCAGAGUUCUCAGAGAAGACUGGGGGAGCGGUCCUGCCAUUCUCUCUCCGAAAGCAGCGCAAAAACCAGAAGUACCUGCGACUGUCAAGGAAGAAGUUCCCCCGCAUCUCGAGCCUGGAGAGCCGAAACUGCAGGCAUGAGUUCUUCCUGAAUGAUGCAGUGGGCCUAGAGGCCAGGCAGGGCCCUGAGGACUGGGAGUCCAUGCAGCACACCAGCAAAGAAGCAGAUGUGGAUGGCAGUCUCCCUUGGAUUCCCACUGUGCCCCCCAGCGAAGUGACAGUGACAGACAUCACAGCAAACUCCAUUACCGUCACUUUCAGAGAAGCACAAGUGGCUGAGGGCUUCUUCCGAGACCGGAGCGCGCAGUUCUGAAUCUCCAUUUUCAGUGCUCCCCAAAACCAGUGCUUUGAGGGUGGGGCUAUAGGGAAGGGUUGUUUUAUCCCUUUAGGGAAAAAAAAAAUCCAAAAUGUCUCCUCUUAAAAUGUUUACAGAGACCUUUUUCUUUUUUUUCCCCUUUUCCUUUUCCCCCUUUCAGAUACGCAAAAAAGGGCAGCGUAGGGGGUGUGUGUUUGUCAUUGCUUUGUCCAGCUGAAAACCUGACAACCCUUUCCCUGGCAAAGACUCCCCUCCUAGAUGUGAAAGGAGCAAGCUGAACAAUUCGCCUUUUAUCCUGUCAAGUGGCGGCAGCUGCAUUUGUGGGGAGAGGGCAUGUGGAGGUGGAAAGAGAGCCGGGUCUCUAUCCUGCCGCCUUGCUCUGCAAUUGAUAGCCCUUGGAUAAAGAUUCUUCUCUGUGCAUUGCUCUUCCCACCUUCCUCCUCCCUCUCUUCCUGCAGCAGUGAGAGGCAGUGGAUCCUACCUAUGUAGAUAACUCCAGCCUGUUAAGACUUUCUCUCCUGUGGCCUGUGGCUGUCAGGACUUCAGAACCCUAUUUGCCUGUCUGUGGUAAGUCAGUCCUUGCUGCACGGGUCCAUAUAGACUGCAGAGGUUUCUCCCUUUGAUUGUUGAUCAUGUGGAAAGACUGAAGUGCAUCUCUGCAAUCUAGAUUGGUGACGUACAUUCAAUUUGCCCUCAUUAAAGGCUCAGAAACCCAGCGCAGUCAAGACAUACCAUUCUGGAUAUGCUAAACAGGAUUUCCAAGCUUAGCUCUGCUGUGUGAGGAAUGCGUUACGGAAAGUGGGGUGUUCUUACCCUUUGCCAAAUUCAGUAUUAAUAACAAAUGCUGCCCUGAAUGUGUGGCAAUAAGCUGUUUGAAAACUGACUCCUCUCCCCUGGGAGGAGGGGCUAAUAGGACAACCAAAGCAUUGCCUGGCACUGCAAAGAUAUACGAGAUACUGGCACAGGCCCAGGACACAGGAGUUGGACAGGACUGAGCUAGAAAUGGACCUUGAUUAGAAGAAAAUUCUGUUCUUGGAUCCCAUUGAGAGAUCCAAGGUAAACAACAUGUGGGGAAGGCAUGUAUUAGAUUUGAGGAGGGGAAAAAAAUCUUAGCAAUGAGAAUUUUUGGAUUGUACUGCCUGAGUAAUAUUCUUCCGUGGCUCCAGUCUCCUCACAUUAUCUGUGAUCCUGUACUACUUUACUGAUAGGAACUUCCCCUUGGAAGGCUUCAAAAUCUUUGCCAAGGAAGGUGGUCUGCAUUUCAAUAGACCCUGCCUGAUCUUGCACUUAAAAAUGCCUUGUGCUGGACUGCCUGUGACACUUGGAGGUGUGUGAAGAAUUGCUGUAUUUUGAGUUGGUAGUUUAGCAUAGCAUCUGUUCUUGCACUUGCAUGUUCUCUUCCAUUUUUUUAAAAGCAAAUUUUAUUUAAAUAACUUAGAUUUUUAAAUAUAGACCUUUUCCUAUGGAAAGAAAGAAAAGUAAGCUAGCAUCUAAGGUGGGAACUGCAGGACAGAGUGCUGCAAGGUAACAUCGGCUACCUUUAUGAUUACUGUCCUUAAAUCCUUUGUUUUCUCUACCUGCCCCUCCUGAAGCAUCUCUUACCUGCUGUAUUUAUUCUAAAUGAAGCUAUGAGCCUUCUGAGCUCUGAGGUAAAGACACCCAUGGAAAUCCUCACUGUGUUCCUUUGAAGGGCUUGGAUGCUGGCCUGCAGAAUUUGGGAGUUCCAGGGCUUCUGGUCAUCCAAACACCUACUUUUUGCAAAGUGCUUGGACUGCCCCCAUGGUUUUUAUUAAAAGCAGGUUUUACCUCAGAUAGGAUAUAGCAGCUCAGUGUAGUCUCAGGAUUUCCCCUUCCAUCUCAGAGCUCUUUUGAGCAGGCCUGUCUUCCGCUGUGUCACAGCAGUUUCAGGACCACUGGGAAGAUCUUAACUUUCUGGAUGAACCUUUUGUCUCUCAAAAGUGACACAGGAGUUUUAUUAUGGAGAAAUCUGAAAGGGUGAGAAGUGGAAGCUGGGGAGGGGGGUGGAAUUAUGUAGUGGGAGGAAGAGUGAGUGGGAAGGAAGCCUGCAAGAGCUAGCAAGGGCAAAUUGAUGAGGUAAGCGUAUAGGCUCAGGAUGUUUGUUGAACGUGGGUGUCCAGCACGAGGCUUCUCUAUCUGGAGUUGCACCCACUUUUGCAGGUUGGGGGGUCAGACAGUGUUGUCAUCAUCACCUCCCACAGCCCCCCUCUUCCCAACACCUGCCAAAUGCUCUGAAUACCUGUAUCUCUCUCUUGUUGUCAGCAGUGGGGACACCACACGGCUGAGCCCUCUCUAGAGGGUUGUAGCAGGUCAGGUAGUUAUGGCUGCAGAAGCAAAAUAUUUUAGCUUAUUUUUUUAAAAAGUCUUGAACUCCAGCUCAUCCUGUAAAUAUUCAUGGCUUUUAUAGGAUCUGGUUUCUUUACCCUGAUGCAGCUACUGCUGCCUUUGUCUGUCUUCAUCUCAGUGUACAAAUACACCAAAAAAGCUUCCUAUUUACUAAGGUUCCUGUGUUUAGCUGACAUGGGAAGUGAUACCAAUCCUGUGGCAGGGAAGAGCUUGUCCUAAAAAACUGGAUUUCAUAGAGUCACAGAAUGAUUUGGGUGGGAAGGGAUCUUAAAGAUUCCAGCCCCCUGCCAUGGGCAGCGACACCUUUCACUAGACCAGGUUGCUCCAAGCCCCUGUGUCCAACCUGGCCUUGAACACUGCCAGGGAUGGGGCAGCCACAGCUUCUCUGGGCAACCUGUGCCAGCGCCUCACUACCCUCACAGGGAAGAAUUUCUUCCUUUAAUCUAAAUCUCCCCUCUUUCAGUUUAAAGAAAAUUUCCAUCCUCUGCUUUUCUCUCCGCUCACCAUCUGAGACUUCUCAACCUUUUGUUUUGGCAUUUCUCUUUAAACAUCUUUUCUUCCUCUUGCAGUGGAGUUUUCAAAGACCUGUGGUGGUCUUUCAAAGAGGAUCCACCCACAGCUUCUUAUCUCAAUCAUUUUUUGGAUCACUCUAGCUUGUGUUCUGCUGGUGACUAAUCAUCUCACCACAUGAAGUGUUAAACAAAGUACCUGCCUGCCACGCUACUUUGUGUACAGGUCAGUGAGGAGUUAACCCUGAUCGGGUUAAGAUGCAACAAGUUGUGUGUGCGUGGGUUUGGUUUGUGAGUGUGAGGAGGAGUUUGUGGUAGGAAACUAAGCAGUUACUGUGUUGGGGUGGACUUUUUGGUUUUGCAUUUUUGAAUUCUUGCUUAUCUUAAAGAUCUCUCUGAGAAGAUUUUUCUCUUGAUAUGUUUAAAAUGUGGCUCUGUUCCAUAUUGUCUGGUGACAUAUUGUCAUAAACUUCCUUGGUAGAGCUGGUCUUCAGGGACUUAAAAAAAUUAGCUUUAUUCCACUUCUGCAGGUGUAGAGAUGUAUGGGGGUUCUACUUGUGAUGGCCAGAGAGGUUCUCUGGGUUUACUUGUUUCUUCUCCCCAAUACCAUCCAUCUGCCAGUACAACCCAAAAUCUGAAAAUUGAGUUUGGACCUCUUAGGCUAAGAUGAAAAUCAGAUGCUGUGCUCAGAGCUUUGUUAAGCAUUCUGUUUGAUUAGAACAGCCAGAAUAGCAUCCAGCUGAAGCUCAGUUUAAUAAUUCUAUUUGAAGCACAAGCCAAGAAUAGAAACGGGUUAACUCUCGCACACCUCGUUUGGCUCCAUGGCUGUAAACCAGAAAACCAAACUUCAGCCAGUGGAAAUGGCUGAACUGUAUUCAAGAAACAAACUUCUUGAUGAAGAACUGUUCUAAUAGUCAUGCUUGGAACUGUUUCCAUGUGAGAAUUUGUAUCAGCCAUGUUCGGGGGACAGAAGAUUUUCUUUCAUAGAUCUUCUCACAGUGAACUCGCUGUAUAUAUACGACUGAACUGAGGAGCUUGUGAGGCUGGAAAAUCUUUAUUGUUAACACUGUGUUUAAAAAACAAAAAUAAUAAUGGAAAGGACUGCCUCUGUUCCUGGAUGGUUGUAAACUAGAUGUUAGUGCUCUCAUAUAUGUGAUGCUUUGGAACAGCAAGUUUUAACACAUGAAUAGCGGCAUUAAGUAGCCUUGUAGCUCCUGCAUGCUUCUUACUGUCUUGCACUUGCUUGGGGGCCCUUCUGCUUGUGAAGUCAGACCAAGGUGGGGUUUUUUUGUUUGGUUUGGGAAUUUUUGGGUUUUAUUUUUUGGUUGGUUUAUUUUUUUUCCUUUUUCAAGCAAGGUCAGGAUAUUAUUGUGAGAACACCCAAAAGCAGUUCCAUUUGCCAAAAUAAGCUCAAAUUUGUUAGUGAAUUGACCCUUGCUUAUGUCAGACCCUCAGACAGAAAGAAGCUUAUUGAUAAAUGAAUGGCACUUUUUUUGUUGUUAGUGUUGUGAAAGUGUCCAGAAUUGUUCUUCUGGUGUUUUGUGACUGAAUGUAUAAAAUUGUUUGUUCACCCCACGGGGGGCCCUUGGCCCCGGUACUGUUUCCUGCUGCAUGCCAGUGCUGUUUGAUGGUUUCACUGGAACAGAGAGAGGAGGCCUCGCACAGGACAGAAAAUAGGCAGGAUAGCUCAUGCAAAGACCCUCAGCGAUAGCCACAACAGAGGCUGGGGUGUGGAAGACAGCAGUGAGCGCUGUCAGCCACAUCCAUGUAUUUGAGCAAAGCUAAAUCUACCACCGCCUCCCCACCCCUUCCUCUUCUCUCAAGCUUUAAGUUUGUGCUUUCUGAAGCACAGAAAGUGCAAAACCUUCCUUUUCAAAAGCUAAUAGGUAUCUACCUGUCUUGUUCCCCCUUGCUUACCUGCAAGCUUGGAAAAAGAGGGUAGUGGGCCUUUCUACGAAAACAGUAGGGGCAGCUGCUUGUAAGGGAAGGGAGGGAAGGAAGUCAGAGUUGCUGGGUGGUUGAGGACCAGCCUGUGAGUGGGCUGGCAUGAGAGAGAAGGCAUGUUAAAAGUGCAAAGACCUUAUAGUGAAGCUGAUCCCUUGCAUCAGUGGGUGGAUGCCCCUCCGAGUUCUGAGUUGGUCCUGUAGAGAGCAGGUGGUCAGUGCUGCAUUUAUAUAUCUGUCUUUUACCAUCUGGGAAGGCAAGGGAGAUGUCUAUGUUAACAGCUCGCACAGGGAAUGUACAGCGUUGGCACAUACAGGUAAAGGGAACACAUUGCUUUUGCCAUGCUUGUUAUAAAACAGUUUUCCCCAAGGGUGUGGUAAACUUGUUUUGAGACAAUAGCUUAUGAUCAAGAGACUAUGUUGUCCUCUGCCUGCUGAGCUUACUGUCCUAGCAGAGAAAGGUGAACCUUCUGAGUGUGGAACCACAUGGUCAGACACUUCAGAUCCUCUCCUGUAACAAGCACUUCCUGGAGUGGUGACCCCUUUUUCUCUUCCACCUCUCUUUCCCUUGCACCCUUAAUUUCUUAAAGUACAGUGGCUUAGCAGGGAGUGGGUGGGUGAUGAUCCCCAGUUGUCGGGGAGCUCUAGAGAGGAGCAGGGCGCAGUGGGAGCACGUAAUGGCUGACAGGAGGAGCUGGGUUGCCACCAAGCUGGGAUGGGGUACAAGCUUUGGUCCUGAGGUUGUUUCCAUUUGCUCUGCAAAGACACCAGGGGCUCUUGUCUGAGAGUACAGGUCAGACUUGGAAGAGGAAAGCUCCCAAGACCGCUCGGAACCUCUACCACAGUUUAUCUCGUUACUGGGGCACUGGGAGGGGGAUUUUGGAGGAGGAGGAAGAAGUGGAAAGCCUUUAUUAUUAUUAUUUUUUAACCAGAAAAUGUAGUGUCAGCACGAAGAAGCUUUUUGCAAACCUGUCAAAUAUUAAGCAGCUUUUUUUAUUUUUGUUCUUGUUGCUUUUAAAUCUGAAGUAUGUUUUGAAGCACUUUGGAAAUGCAAAGCACUAGGAGUGCUAAGUACUCCUUAUCAUCUGCCUAAAAGUGGCAUUUGAAAAGCAAAAGAUGUAUUUGUUUCAGGCUGCUGGCUGCUCCUUAUCAUUUUUCCAGAGCUGCCACCCAGCCCUUUGCCUCCCUCCCAUGGCCGAAGGGGGAGCGUGUUCCACCGCACCAAGGAAAGGCAGGCUCCCCACUCGGGGAGAGGAGAGUGGCCAAGUUCACCUUCGGGGUCCAGGUUGGCUUCCUCCCUCACGGCCUCCUUUGUCUGAAGAAAGGGAAAAAUGAAGUUGAGUUUCAGUUUGAGUGGUCCUAGUCUGGAACCAUGACCACUUCUGCCAGCUCUAGAGACAUCUUUACAGAGUUUCCUGUCUGAAAAAUUGCACCUUAUUAGCUUUGUUGUGGAAUGGGGAGAGGAAGGGCGGGUAAAGCAGGAGCUGUCUUCAGCUGCUGCUGGAUUUUUCUAGAGGCCAUUUCCUCACCUCAUCCCCAACAUAAUGGCAACAAAAGAACUGAAAUCAUUUAGAUGAAGCUUUUGUUCUGUGUAUCUUGAGAACCCUUUGAGCAGGCUAAGAUGAGAUAAUCUGUUUUUCCUCACCUAGCCAGCUCUGCAGCCGCGGGAACCCCAGCUCUCCCUCUGGGUUUCAGCACCAACCUUUCCCCUCAGCAUAUGCACAGCGUUGGGACCCUUUUGCACACUGACUCAUCCAAUUUGGUAUGCUCCCUUUCAGUUGGGAGAAGGAGGAGUAGAUGGGGGCUUGGGUUGGAUAGAGGGGAGGGUCCCUGGUUAUUUUUGUUCUUGUCCCUUCAGUCGUUGCUGUUGUUACACGCUAGAAUAUCUGAGUCUUUGCACACAGAAAGCUUCCUUUUGCACAGAAUGAGCUUCUAGCUUUUGUACAGACUAAUUGAAUGUAUUUGGGGAGGGGGGGGGAAAUAGGGAGUAAACCAAUUCCAAGCAAACCAAUCGGAGUAUAAUGCCUUUUCUGAGCGAGUAUGUGCUGUAAAAGGAGAUUGUAAUAGCAAAGGGAGGGCAGGCUCAAGUAUAAUUUGACACAAAGCGUGGUUUUAUUUUUGUACUGAUAUGGAUAAGAGACUGUACAGCAUCUAUUUAUUUAGAUGAUUUAUGUGGUAAAUGUUGCAAACAAAAUUAUGAAAACAUUAAAUAUGAGAACUGACAUUUA